AUGCAGGCGUUGGCCAGCACCCAGCGAGGCUCUCCGAAAGCCUUCAGCGUCCUGGAUCGUCUUCUGCUGACACAUCCGGUGUGGCUGCAGCUGUCACUCAACCAAGACUCUGCCCUCUACAUCCUGCUCAGAGAGCCUGUUGGGACAUUUUUGGUGCGCAAAUGCAGCUCCAGCCAGAGGAAGGUGCUGUGUUUGAGAGUAACAGCUGACAGAAGUUCCUCCUGUAUUAAGGAGUGCUUCAUCUGUGAGGAAGACUCCACAUUCGCCUUGGAGAGCUCAGCACUCAGCUUCCCCGACCUGUGUCGACUGGUGGCCUUCUACUGUGUCAGCAGGGAUGUGUUGCCUUUCCCUCUUCAGCUACCAGACGCCAUCGCUGAAGCCACAACGCACAGGCAGCUGGAGGCCAUCUCUCACAUGGGACAAGACUUCUGGAGCUUGCCGACUGCUUCUGAGAUCCAAAAUGGACCGGUGGACCUGGAUGAAACAACCAGCGGCAGCCAGGGCCAGACGGCGGUGAACCUGCUGACCCAAGGCAGACAAGGCAAACUCUGCUUCAUCAACCCGCUCUUCCUGCAGCUGGAAGUCAGCAAGCCACAACUCACAAACCACAGUGCCUCCAAUAAAAGGCACCGCUUCAAGCGCAGCAUGCGGCUCCGGCUCUCCGAGUCCUCCAUGAAUCUGUCCCUCGAAGGGGUCGGCUCCUACUCACCUCCCCCGUCAGUGGAGCAUCCCGGCGGGUCAGAGCGGCUGCAAAAGUCCGGCGACAACCCACAGAGGAGAGUUCACGCUGGGGCAGGAGUCUUGAGGAGAACCCCUGCUGUAUCACCCGGGUCUGCAGAGGAAGAUGACAUGAUUUCUGCCUACGUGCCACAAGUAAUAACAGUAACAUCUGCCAAGGAGGAAGAUCCUCCAAUGCCCCAGCCGUCUGCCCGAGCAGAGGAGCCAGGCAUUGAGGUGGCAGUUCUGGCCUUGGAUCGUCGCCCUGCUCCCUCCCUGGCCGAGCUCGACAGCAGCAGCUCCUUCAGCAGUAUGGAUGAGGAAAAUGACUCCGAUUCAGAUCCAGAAAGCAUGGCCCAAUUCCAGAUGCACACCUACCAGCGCCCGCCACUGUUGCGCUCUCGAGGCCGCGGUGGGUUGCAUCGCAUGAGCGAGGCGUUUGUGUGUUUCUUUGCUCCGGACAAGCGGCUGACACGACUGGUGGAGGAGCUGUCCAGAGAUAGACGCUCCAUCUUUGGAGGCAUGGUUCAGGACUUCCUCAUGGCACAGAGAGGGGCGCUCAAAUCCUUGGCUGCCUCUUCAUCAUCAUCAGUGUCCUCUUCCUCAUCACGUGUGACGUCUGUGCAGAUCCUGCAGGGUCUACGGCUCUUUCUGUCCCAGAUGAAGUGCUGCCUGCUGGACAGUGGAGAGCUGGAGCCUCCCAUUGACACCCUGGUGCCAGAGAGCGAGAAAGACCUGGCGCUGGAGCGGGCCAUGUUCUCCUGCAUACUCAGACCUCUGAAGUCCCACCUUGAAAAAGCCCUGAUGGCGUUGCACAAUCAGGAUGGCUCUAACGAGCGCCUCACCCAGAACAUGCUGCUUCUGAGAGGGGACGAUGCCAUGGACCAGCUCGGUGUGCAAACGGGCGUCCCGGACAGCCGUGAGGUGGAGAGAGUGAAGCAGAAGCUGGUCCUGAUGCAGCGGACACACUCGCCUAUCGAUAAGGUCCUCCUUCUGCUGCAAGUCUGCAAAUGUGUCCACAAGGCAAUGGGGACCUUAUAUGGACAGGAAGUGAGUUGGGAGGACUUCCUGCCAUCGUUGUCAUACUUGAUUGUGCAGUGUAAUAGGCCUCACAUUCUGAUAGAGGUGGAGUACAUGAUGGAGCUGCUGGAGCCGUCCUGGCUCGGAGGAGAGGGUGGAUACUACCUGACCAGUGUGUAUGCCAGCCUGCAUCUGAUCCAGAGCCUGGACCAGAACAAACCGUUCUCAGGCUGCCUGAUGCCGGAGACCCAAGAGGCGCUGAAGGAGUGGAGCUGCAGACGGAGCCAAGAGGCCCAGAAACAAAAAGAGAACCGGCACAGCCAGAGGUGCGUUCGGAUACUGUUCCAGGACGGGGAGCGGAGCGCCGUGCGGACGUUGCAGUGGAGAGCAGGGGAGACCAGCCAGGCCCUGGCGCAGCUGUGUGCCACCACCUUCGAAGUGUCCGACCCGCAGCAAUACACCCUGUACUGGCGCAGCGGCGGCGAGAUGAGGGCCCUGCCGGCUCAGGCUCAGCCCCAGGACCUGGCCAGCCACACUGAGGGAGGCCCCUCGCUCUCCUACCUGAGGACCGACCACGACUUCAGCAAGAUGCGGCGGCUCACCAGAGGUGGCGCCGUGGACCUGAGCGAGUCGGUGUGUGAGGAGUGA